CGGCCGUCACUCGUCAUCACGUCGGGUCAACGUUUUUCGGCGUUUUGUUUAUUCCGUCGAUUUUCCGAUUGUUUCGCCAUUGAUAAAUCGCAUCGCAUCUCGCCCGCCGCCGGUACACGUAAUUGUUAUGUUUUUCCACGACGUGUUUCCACUGUCCUAGACGAGUCCCGUCCAUCGCCGCACGCACGACUCGAUCGCCCGCCACCAGCGUCCUCGUCGUCGACACGAUUUCUGACACCGGAACGUUAUCGCCGCGCCGUUAUCCAAGUUCAAGUUCGUAGGUGUAUUGUGCUGUGCCGCCGACGAAUCCCCGUUUCAGUCUUCACCGCCAGACGCCAGCUGCCCCGCGAUCAUCGACCGUGCCGGUUCUCGUGUUCCCGAAGACGACGACGAGUACGUCCCGUUAUCAAUUCCGCGAAUCCGAAUUGAAAAUAGGUAAAUAUUCUUUGGCACCUAGGUAUUACCUAGUUACGACGGACCUAUAGUAAACCGGUCGCUUUGCAGAUCAUAAUGGCCGAUCAACAGCAAUACUUUUUGAAAUGGAACGAUUACCAGAGCAAUAUGGUGUCGUCUUUUAAACACCUGAGGAACGAGAAGAGCUUCACGGACGUGACGUUGGCGUGCGAAGGACAGACGUGCAAGGCACACAAAAUGGUCUUAUCAGCUUGCAGCCCUUAUUUUAAAGCUUUGUUAGAGGUAAAUAUCUAUUUGUUUUCGUACCUAAGUUAUACAAACCUUGACUUCACCAUUUUUGGUUUAAAAAUAAAAACAAAAUAUCCACUAACAAUGCUAUUGAUAAGAUGUUAUGAAUUAAAAAUUUACUAGGUUAUCUAAGAAGGGGAGAUGAAAAUAAAAAAUAUCUUUUCAGUCUAGUACACUUACUGUAUAAUUUUUAUGUUUACGCUAUGCAAUAUUAUGUAGAUAACUUUAAAAAUACCUGGUGUAUAUUUUCAACUGCAGGUAGAUAGGUAUGUUAGUAUAGUUUUCAGGUAAGUUUUCAUACACACUAUUGGUUUUAUUGCAUCUAGAUAUUACCCAGUCAAUUUGAUAAAAUCAAUUUUAAACUCUUCAAAAACAAAUCAAGUGACAUGAACAUAUUUUAUGAUUUAAAUUAUCAAAUAUAAGUUUAUUACAAAUACCUUGUUUAUAAUAAUAGUUGUGGGCUAAUUUGUUUCCAAUUGUAGUCUAUUAGUUAAAUUUGUGUAGACAAUAAAUAUAAUACCUAUGUAAGUUUAUCAUUUCUAUGUGUAAAAAUAAAAUGUAGGUAGGUACCUAUGAUAUUAUAAUUACAGCACAAAUAACUUUUCUUCUUUGGUUUUACCUAUCAUCGAGACCAAACUUCUAACAAAUUUCUGCUGCUAUUUUCCACUACAUCACUCUAUAGUCACAGUUUUAGUCGUAACUUACCUUUUUCGAAGAUUAAGUAUAAAAUAAAGAGAUCUCGUAGAGAAUGUUGAUGUGGGCAGAACAUGCGUGGUAGAAACAAUAGUUAUUAAGUAUAACUAUUUAUCACCAAGAUAACCAAAUAUCUAAUUGAUCAAAUCGUAUUUCUUUUAAUAUUGAAUUUGAACAAAAAUGAAUUAUCUCUUGAUACCUAUAAUUUCUCUGUAUCUACCUAUGUUUUUUAAUUUAUAUUUGAUUCUACAUGGGUCUAUUCAGUUUAUUUAUUAGUUUUAUUAAAAUUUAUCUAGGUACCAAAAUUAUACUAUUAUUUUUGAAUUAUGUAGGUACCUUAUUCAUAGUUAUUCUAAAGUAUAUAUUUAUUCAUUAGGUAUGAAUAAUUGCUAUUAGAAAACAAAUUUGGUAUUGGUCUAGAGAGUGACCUAUACUAUCUAAAAUGACCAAAUGACCUACUGAUAGCAAUAGUGUGUACGGAAAUGUAAAUACUAUAAUUUUUCCAGUGAUAAAAUUAAUGGGUGGUUUCAGAUAAGUUAGUUAAAUUGUGAGUAAUAAACGACAAUUACAGUAAUAUUAUACAAUAUUUUAGUAAUAUUAAAUAAUAUUUAUACAGUUAUAUUUAAAUCUUGAAUAGGUAGUUAUGUCAUGGGUUUUUUUUUUAGACCUUUUACUUAAAUAGGUACAUUGGUUUUUGUAAUGUUGUUACAACUUUUAUAUUGAUGGGAAAAUUAAAGUAUUUGUAUCAAAAUAUAAUUUUAGACUAAAAAUGUAUGUUUUUUUUUUUUUUUGUUUAUCAAUUUAUUAGUAAUCAAAAUUUUAAACAAAUUUAAAAAUACCUAAGUAUUUAUGGUGAUUCCAAAUUGAAUAAUAAUAUUACAAUUGUUGGUAGGUCACACUAAACCUAAAAAGUGCCCAGAAGUUUGCACCCAAGAUCACUGCUAACUAAAUCUGUGUUGUAUAAUUUACUUUUUAUAAGUUAAACAUUUGAACAAACAAAUAUGUACUAUCAGUAGCGGAUCCUAUGGUUGUUCAAGGGGAGGGGGUUGAAGGAUAUUAUAUAAACAAAAUAUAUAUUAUGUAAACAUUUGUAGAAUAUAAGAAUUGCAUUUAAAAAAUAAACACUAUCCAAGGGUGGAGCCUAUUCCACAAUUGUGUCUUAUACGUUCUACUUCAAACAAAAAGAAUAAGUACGCUUCAAUUUUUGAAAUAUGAGUCCCCCUUUACUUUAUACACUGCUUAAAUUUAAUAAUGGUUAUUUAUUUAUAAAUAUUUAGGAAAACCCUUCAAAACAUCCAAUCAUCAUACUUAAAGACGUACCGUUCAGCCAUUUGCAGUCUAUACUAGAAUUUAUGUAUGCAGGAGAGGUUAAUAUAAGUCAGGAACAAUUGCCAGCUUUUUUGAAGACAGCUGAUCGUUUGAAGGUAAGUAAAUAUUUGUGUAUAUAAUAAUAAUAAUAAUAAUAUUAAUAUAAUAUAAUAUUAGUUGUCAACACAAAAUGUAAAAGUUAAUAAAUUACAAGAAAUAAAUAAAAAAAAAAAAAUUGAAAUUUUUAGUUUUGACAAGUAUUGUUACAGAAUAUAAUAAUUUAUCAGUACAGUACUCGGAAUGGUAACAGGUAAAAAAAGACUAGGUUAAAAUACUUUAAACAUCAGGUUUUUUUGCUGACUUUAUAAUCCUAAUAUUUUUAAAUUUAAAAAAUUACAAACGAAAAAUUAGAUAAUUAUUUUGAAAAAGAAUAGUCCAAAGUUAAGUUCUUUUUGUUUGAUUUUCACGACGAAAAAAAAAAUGUUAAUUCAAAUUAAAUUAUCAAAUUGAAAAAGAAUAGACACAACUCGCAAUAUUCAGUAUGUGGUGUAGUACCCAUUAAAUAUUUAAUAAAAGUUAUUAUAAUAGUACUUUCUAUUUUAUUUUAUGGACUUAUAUUAUAAUAUGUUAGAAAAUACUAGAGGUUCAUAUUGUUAAUUCCUUGUUUAAGCAAAAUAUAUUAAAUCUAAAAAUUGAUAUUUUGAGAUUUUUAUUGUGCAUGGUAGACAUUUUUAUAUUAUAUUGUAUACAAUAUGAAUUCCAAAAUAAUGUAUAUAAUAUAAUAUAUAACAACGGCCUGGCUUAAUAAUACCUAUGAGUACUUUUGGUUUACUAUAUUAUUAUUCUUUUUUAGAUUUUGAGCGGAGAAAUGACUGUAUUGUUUUUAGAAUGAUGUUUAUUUUAUUUUAUUUUUUUCUGUAGACAACUUUUCUACCAGUAAUUUUGCUCCACUAUAUAAUAAUAGCACUUCAUUUUUUGAUUUUUUCAAGUAUUCCCAAUAAAUAGAAGAAAAGGUAGGAAAAUGAAUACAAUAUUAAACAAAUAUUAUUAAAGAAAAAAUAUAUUUUUAUAAUAUGACAUAUAUAUAUAUAUAUAUAUAAAGCAACACUAUUAACCGAACUCCACUCAGAAUACUUUUUUCCAUUAGCAAUGGUUAAUUGUUGUAUACAGAUAUAUAUUAUAUUUCCCCUCUACCUUCCCAACUUCUCACGUACAACAGUGGCCCACCCACGCGAAAAGUAUGUCUGUUAUGUAUAUUAGACUCACUCUUAAUAUAGUUUACAGUAGCAAAAUAUAUAUAUUAUAUUUUAACUACAUAUAAUAAUAAUUACAAAUUAUUAUUAUUAUUAUUUUACUCUAUAAUGACCUAAAGAAAGAAAAUGUUUCCAAAUUUAUAAAUUAUUAUUACAUUUUAUAUUUUUAAAAACAUUUUAAACUUAAUACUUUUUGUUAAUAAAAUACCAUUUAUUUAAUUAGUAUAUAAUAUAUAUUAUGAUUUUAAAAAAAAAAAAAAAAACAUUCAAUUUUACAAAUUAAUUUAUCUAAUUAAUUAAUUUUUUUUAGUUUUGGAAUUCUCCAAGUAAAUUUAUCUCGCUUUUUUAUACUUCACAUGAUGGAUGGGUAACUGUUGUGAGAAGUUCGGAAGAUAGAAGGAAAAUUUAAUGUAUAUCUGUAUGCAAUGAUUAACUAUUGCUAAUGAAAAACAAUUCUGAACAGAGUUCAGUUAUACAUGCUUCUAAAAGUUGUAAUAUUUAAGAUUGUACAUUUUCUCAUUUAUUAUGAAAACCCCUGAGAAAAUCAAAAACAACCCCACUAAAAUACCACCGUAAGAAAAUUUCCCUUCAGAAAAAGUGCCAAACUUGAAAAAUGGACAAAGAUUCUAGUAAAAGAGUUGUUCACUGAUAAAAAAAAAAAAAACAUUAUUGUAAAACCACCAACACAUUCCUCGCUCUGCUCAGAAUCUAAAAUCAAUCAGGAAAAUAAUAUUAUAUGAAAAUUUAUAUUAUACUAUACUAUUAUAACCAUUUCGUUAUUUUAAUCAAAUGUUAAUUAUUUAUUUUAUACUUAGUUUUAAUUGAAUGAAAUUUAUGUACCUAUACAUUAUUAAAAUAUUUUUUAAUUUUAUUAUAGUCCAGCAAAAAUUUAAAUCAAAAACAUAUUGUUUACCUUUUUAUAGAUAUAAUAUGUACAUACUAAUACUUAUAACUAAAGACCAGAUUUAAAUAUGUUUUUACAUAUCAUUACUGAGCUUAUGCAGCCUUAUAAGAGUAAGAAAUGUUGAUGAUGUGUUAAAUUUUGAGUUUGUGAAAAAAAACUUUUUUGCAUAUUUGAGAAUAUUUCAUGGUUCAAGGAAUAUUUAGCUUAUUUUGCAUAUUUUUAAAGAUUUUGUAAAUUGUGAGAAAAAAAUAUUAUUUUUAAUAAUACAGUACCUGGAAAAAUAUGUUUUGUACAUUGACAAUUUUUUUGUAUCAUUUUGAUAAAAAAGUUUAGUGUUUUGGUACCUACCUAUUAUAAGUUAUUGUUAACUAAAUAUGGUAGCUAAUCUGAAAUGCUGGCAGUUGUUUUCAAAUUGAUAAUAAUAGUAAUGUAUUUGUUUAUAAUCAUUUAUCAUCAUCAACUAUACAAAUUUUCAAAUAUUUCGUUUUACACUUUUUCAAUCGUGUGUAACGUGACUUUUAGUUUUUAAAAAUUAAAUUACCUGUAUUGUUAUAUUUAUAUUAUAUUCUUACUCUUACUUAACUAUUAUUAUUUUAUUUUAAUACACAAGUGUCAUUAAUUAUGUAUGGAAUGUUGUAAAAAAUAAAUAAAUUGAUGUACAUUGAUUAUUUUUCAAACUUCUAAGAGAAUAUUUGAAUCAUAUUUUAGGUGUUUUAAGAGAAUAUAUAUUCGGUCUUUACUUAUAACUAAUUAAUCAAUUUAUGUUGCGCUAACAUUUUAUAAUUUUGUUUUUUUUUAGGUCAAAGGUCUUGCAGAAGCUCCUCAAACUAUAAAAAAAGAUUAGUAUCUACUACAACGUUGCUGAGAAUGUGUUUUAAUUACUUUAUUCAUUAUUAGGAUUACUAAUGAAAGACCCAAAAUGCAUUUUUUUUUUUAUUAAAUUUUUUUUAAUGUAUCUUAUAUAGUAUAUAGAAUACAUUUUACGACAGUACAAUAUAAAGCCAAAAACGACAAAGAAAAACAUUAUACAACAGUUUUUAUUUUAUAGGAAUGAAUUGUAGACAUUUUUAAAAUUUAUGUGACAAUGUGUAGUGGCAAAAUGUAAUUUUUGUUUGUUUUUUUUUUUUACAUAAAAGAAGAAAAAAAGCCAAACCAACGAGUUUUGUAAAUAUUAUACUUGUCUUGUACAUUUAUCAUAAAUUACAUUUAUUAUUAAUAUUAUAUUAUAGAGCAUGUUAGUCUUAUGUUAAUGAAUAAUAAUAAUAAUAAUAAAAAAAAAUGUAUAAACCAAUUUAUAAAGAACACAAUAAAUUUAGGUAAAAUAUAUGUGGUUGAUGUCUUUGUUAUUUUGUUGUUUAUUAAAAAUAUUAAAAGUUUGUAUGUAUAUGGCCUAUUAAUAAUAACAUAAUAUGGUACAGAAGGAAAAAGAAUUUGAUGAAAAAAUUGCGUACAAUAGCUUUAAACAAUAACAAUAUUUUGAUUUAUCGCAGAGUAAUUUGAGUUCAAAAAUCUUUUAACAAAUUUUCUUAAGAUUAUAUGUGAAACACAAUUCUAAGCAUGUGUUAAUCACCGUAGAAAUGACAAACUACAUGAAAUUAACCAUCCCUUGCGCUAACUCAUCUCCACUUCAAACUCGCCUAUCACAAAAAAAAUUACAUUCUUCAGUUUCUAAGUUGUUCAAUACCAUUAUACUAACUUAGAUUUAACCUUUAAAUUACAUUUUUAUAAAAUAUGAUUGCCUUUUAUAUUUUAAAAUUAACUAUUAAUUAGUUUAGUUUACAUACACAAAUUUUAUUUUCAAUUUCAACUUGUGCUCUUGCAACAAAAUUUGUAAGUUAGGUAAUUAAAUAUAUAAAUGCAAUAAUUUAUAAUCAAUGGUAAUAAUCUAAACAAAAAAAAUAAAAUAUUCCGUUUAAUACUUUUCUUCAAAUCAAACUGCAAUAUAUUUUUAAAAAAUGUGAACAUAAACGAGGACGGAUAAUUUUAUUUCUUGUGAAAUUGACAUACCCUUUAUAAGCCUUGAAUUAUUUUGUUAAGUGAAAUUAUUCAAGUUAUUAUUUUGCUUAUAAAUACUAUAUAAAAUAUGAAAAUGAAACAUUAAUGCAAAUUUUUUUUGGUGGAAUGGUACAAUAAUAGAAAGAAAUAGAAAUAAUAUAGAUUAGAUAUAUGUCUUAAUAAUUUGAUAAUUUUUAAAAUAUUACAAUAAAACAUGCACUAUUGUAAAAUGUGCAUUUUAAUUUUGUGGAAUAACUGACAAUAAUUGACAAUUUUAUGAAACCGAACAUCUUUGCUGCGGGUUCUCAAUAGGUCUGUUUGUCAAGCGUUCAGAUUCAGUUAAAGCUCUAGCCAAUGCUUCAUCUUCACUCU